AUGUUCAUCACAUACACGCACGUGGACCAGCUGAAGUCGCGCGCCAAAAAAUGGCAGGUCAACUCCUACCAGAACCAGCGCCGUAGGGAACUCAAGGCCACCCUGCCCGCGACCGACAACUCGGCUCGGUCCCAACGACCCAAAGUAUUGUCGUGGAAGAAGCAAGUCCCCUCCGGGUCUGAUGAGGCGCUGCGUCGGCAUCUCAACAGGGGAAGGUCGGUUGGGGGCAGUUCGGACGCCGGUGGUAUUGAUGAAGGCGACGAUGAGCAUGUGGCGAUAGUCCUCUUUGAAUCCCCUCUACCAACCGCCCCGGGAGGUCUGCGUUGCGAUCCUUUCAACUCGUAUCCCAUGGAGCCCACCGGCCGAGUACAGGCGACUGUGGAUUACUUCACCCAGAUAUACGCCCCUAUGAAUGCAGGCAACUACCGGGACGGCCAAGGAGGCAACUGGCUCCUGUCGUACCUCUUCCGCGUUGCACUGCAGGCCGAUCUGCUCUUUGAAGCGACCGUCCUGUUCAUAUGGAGCCAGCUCCCCGCGAGUCAGCUGGGAUCUUCUCCGGAAGAUCUCGAGCGAACCUUGAUGAGCCUCCGAGGAAGUGUAAUGCGGAAACUCCAUCAUCGUCUGACCGUACCACAGCUGCGCUGCGACGAUGUGACCAUCCAUACCGUACUGUCAUUGAUGGCCGGAGAUUUUCACCGCGGACAGGACGACCAUGUCGAGCUGCACCGAGAAGGACUCCGACGCAUCGUGGAUCUUCGGGGCGGACUGGCAAACAGUGACCUCCAACCUCAGACACGAUAUUCUGUCACUGCGACUGAGAUGAUGUGCGACUACGCGAUCCGGAGGCGCAAUCGCUCCCCCAAGACCAACAUCACACCCGACAGCACGUUGACGUAUCCAACCCAUCCAUUCCCGCCAUCCCUGUCCAAAGUCCUAUCGGAGUUGCCUGAAGGCUUCAGCGACAUGGCGCUGAAAACGCUCCUGUCGCACCAGGUCAUUCGUCUUCUUUACCGGAUGACUAAAAUCCUCGGAAAAGGCCCUGCAGCGUUCACAGAGGACACGUCUAUCGCGGUGGAGAUGAUGCGAUUGUCGAUGGACUCCUCCGUCCGUCAGCUCGAGAAGGCCAUUGUCACGCUGAGUUUUGCGUUUGGACGGUUCCUCGUCGACGUGACCACCAAAGGCCGCCCCGCCAACAGCUCAAAGCGCACUUUCAGAUCCAUGGAGGAGUCGUUGCGCGGCUUGUGCCACUCGAUCUUUGGACGUCUUGACGAGGCCGGCCAGGACUUUGUCGCCUGGGCCGUCUUCCUCCUCGCUUCUGCUGGGGUCAAUUACGGCGUGCCAGCAUCCAUGCGGGACGAGAUGCUCCGGAUUCUCUACAUGAGAGUCCCUGCCGCGAGACGGCUCGACGCGUUUCUAGAAAUGCUGAAGAGAUUCCUAUGGCAUGACAAGCUCGUACCAUGUGCAAAGGAGCUGUGGGAAAAGGUGGUGGAACAAAAAACUUCAAGUUGA